AUGCAGUUCGAAAGUGAUGAUAAUCUGUGGGACGAGGAUUAUGUGGUGAACGAUGAAAACAUUGAGAUGAUACAAGAGUCGGACAGUGAAUCGCUGCAAAACACUUCUUUCAAGCAACCAGAAGUUGACUUCAAUAUGCAUGAAAUUGAACGGGAAAUGGUUACUGACAGUGAACCUGAUGAGGCGAUCGACGUUGAUGAGGACAGCAUUGAAAUCACACUGAAGCGUUGCUCUUCACUUAUAUUCUCAUCGUUAUAUCCACAUCCCAAAGGACUAACCGCUGAGCAGCUCACCAAUAAAUUUGUGUAA